GAGGAGCCUUGAGAGAGGCUCCGCGCGACGACACGCUCAGAGCAUGGGAUCGGCCGGGGAAGACGCUGCUGCUCCAGCCCAUCCUCGAACUGGCGUCCGUGUGAACAAGAGGGGAGUCAAGCCGUUUCCCAGGCGUUGCAGAAAGCCCUUGCCGGGCUGGCUGCGCAAGAUCACAAGAGAUGGACUGUUAUACUAUUUGGUGGAAUCCUACUAAGCAUAGACGUUGCAUUAGGUACUCUGGAAGACAACUGCAAUUGUAGCACAACUACCAGUUUCCAGGAAUUCCAGGCUGCAGUGAUUCCUGAGAUGUGUUGUUUGAAUUUCACUGGAUAUAAAAUUGGCUCCUUAGAUUGGAGCCUCUUCAAUAGAGUUGCAAGCUUGAGGGAGCUCUACCUAUCAAACUGCAGCAUAUCUGACAUUUUCAAUGCAAGUGAUGAUUCUUCCACACUGGAAAUUCUAUACUUGGACCAUAACCAACUAAAGAGGCUCCCAGGCAGUUUCCUAAGAAAUGCACCCAAUUUGCGUGUCAUUGAACUAAAGAACAACCAACUCCAAGGGCUGCCUGAAUCAUUCUUGAAAGCUUCUGAUCAAAUUAAGGAAAUUCACCUUGACUUCAAUAAUUUAUCUUCUCUUCCCUCAGAGAUUUUCAAGCCCUCUCUCUUCACACUAGGCCUCGCCAACAACAGCUGGGACUGCACUUGUACUUUGCUUGGAAGUCUGGAAAGAUAUCUGAAUGUACCAUUUAACAGUGAGGUGGUUUGUAGCAGUCCCAAGCAUUUCAGUGGUCGGAACAUGAAAACCAUUCCUAAACAGGAGUUGUGCCAAACUUAUAAACUGACAGCUCUCUUUAUUUGUCUGCCUUUGGUGGCUCUCCUGACCUUGAUCACCUGGUGCUUUUGCAAACAAAAGAAGGAGACUGGCUAUGCUCUUCGUGAUGGGAAAGAAUGCCAGCUGGCUACAGUUGAGAGCAAUGGUGCCAAAAAGUUGGGGGAGCAUAAUUGUUACAACCCAUGUGAGCUAUCUGCUGUGACUGCUGCUGAGAAUGAGAAGAACAUAUUUUUGCGAAACCAAGUCCUACUGAAACCGUCAACAGCACUGUUAGGCAGCAGCCGGGACCUCUAUGAAGAGGUGGAGAUUAAAUUGGGGGCUUCUGAUGAUUCCUUCAUACAGGCCAAGGAGGGAAGCCUUGACCAAGAGAUAUUGGGAGCCAAAGAGCUGAUGGUUGCGGAAGAGGGCUUCCUAGCUGCCGAGCCUGAAGCUGAGACAGUGAGUGUAACAGAUGUUCUGAAGGAUUCAGCAGACCGGGAGAAGCUCUACAUGAACCACUCAGUGGAUUAUUAUAACUUGGUUCCAGGAAUUGAACUGGAGGACUCAGACCACAUGGAGUAUGAAAAUGUUGACCUUUGCUGAGGCUUCUGCUUGAGGCAGAGCAAAAUAGCUUACAUGGACAACAAAGACUAUAUUUUAUCUCUUUACCUGAAGAAAUGAGCUAUAACUCAUGAAAGCUCACACCCUGCUGGAAAUUUUGGUAGUCUUUAAAGUGUAGUGGGCUCUUGCUCUUUUUUAUUGGUACAGACUAACAUGGCCACCUAUCAUGAUAUAUUUUAUCUGCUUUGGUAGCCCCACUAGCCCCAAAUAUUAUGCAAACUUUCCAAAUAAGAUCUCUCUUAUGUUAUGGCUUUAUUUCUGAACCUUCUGGUUUCUGAGUCUUUGAAAUAUGACACUUGUCAUUAUCAAACAGAAGACAAUUUUGUAUUACAGAACAGCAGAAUCUGCCCCACUGUAAGGAUGGAGGGAGGAUGGAGAGUCACUCACAGAGCAGUGCUAAACAGAGUCACAUCCUUCUGUUGAAGUCAGUAUACCUAGAAGGGUAUAACUCUUCUUGGGAUUGCACUGUAAAUUACCUGCAGUUCUUUUUCUAGCCCUUGUGAUGUUAAACCUCAUUGAGAUGUACUUCAUUUAACUUUGCAUUUUCAAGUAGAAGUCAAUAUUUCUCAUGGUUCCACAUCUAAGGAAAAAAACAGGCAUAGAACAGGGGGGGGGGGGACCCUGAAGCUUGCCAGCUGUGUAUGACUAUGAAAGAGGUCAUAAAUUGGAGCAAGAUACUUCAUACUCCAUUUUUUAAAAAAAGUUGAGGCACAUUUUAUUUUUAGCAAAAGAUUUGGCAUGCUGUUCUCCAUAUCCCUACAUGGCUUUGUCAAAAGCUAUCUCCCAAAUUCCCAGAGCCUGAGUGGCCUGGUGUCUCUCUCCUCAACUCUGCCAAGCAAAAAUCUUGGCUGAAAUUUGCUCUCUAGGAAUUCCUUCCAGCUAUUGAGAGUGCAUAAUGCCCUUUUUCCUGAUUCCUUGUGGAAAGAAGUGAGUGACAUCUAGCGGGGAGGAGCGCACACAACAGUCAUCCUCCAAACCCAUAUGGAAUCAAAAUAUUGCAAAACAGUGUCACUUUCUCCAGAACUAUUCAGACUGGAUAUUAUAAUUAAAAAAAAGGGAGGGGGGCGAUGGAAGACAGAGAUGUUUUAGUCUCUGAAUUUAAGGCAAUUUUUGUUCCAGUGUCUUAGUGCCAGUAGGCAAAUGAGUAUACAUUAGUGGCACCCUGAUCUCCGAGAACAAGAAAAAACAAAUUGUCUCUCCAUUGAAAUGACAAAGGCCAGCAGGUUUCCUUGCAUCUUUCUGACACUAAGUGAAAUGUACAGAUCCCUUGUAGGGUGAGAGCAAAGGAAUUACUUGGCAGUCAUCGUAUUAAUAAUGUUGGAGAUACAUACACGCUUUUGGCUCCCUGGAGUUAUCACAGCGUCUCCUGGUUGUGUGUGUGUUUUGUCCAAUGAAGGAUUUUUUUUAGGUAUCCAUUCCAUUUCUCGUUAUCCCAAAAGGGAGGGAAAGAAUAUUUUCAAAGCACAGUGUAAAUGAAACUGAGCAAAUGGGUUUGCUCUGCCUUUUAAUCACUUUACAAGGAAGACACAGCAACUGCUUCUCUUUGUCACUCUUAAGAAGAUAGUCUUGGAUUUUAAAAACAACAACGCUUCAGUUAAGAGAAAAAGGGCCUUUGCAAAUUCAUUCAUGCCCUUUAAAAGACUGUGCCAUUCACCCUCACUUCCCCUUGGUCUGUCAGACUCAUGCUCAUUAUCCACUUAGUCAAUGCAGUGCUUAGUGAAGUGCACUAAGUACAUAACAGUUCUGCAGUAUAUUGGUAUCACUGCAUUGCCCCAGGUGACUUUAAAAGGUUUUAUUUGUUAAAAGGAAUUAAAGGUAAAUUGUCAGAGCUUUUCUGUAGUUGUUUAAACAAUGUUUUUGAACUCAAGAUGGAUUUGAUUUUAUUAUUAGAUAUUUUUAUAUCCAAUGUGAAAAAUUAAAUCAGGCAUCCACAUUUCUGAGCUGGAGUUAAUUUCUUUGAGUUAACAGAAAUAGAAACAGCCUAACUUGCUGGAAAAGUCAGUACUGAGAACAAACAUUGUUAUGAAGAAAACAGGUUGAGUGGGGGCAGAAUUGAGCCUAUUGUUAUUUUAAAUUGUUUUAAUUUUCUUUAGGAUUCUGUUCUACUGAACAUUUAAACUGAAACUUAUGAUGCAAGAUAAAUGUAUGGGGAAAAGACCGAAGAAUAUAGAGAUGAACUAUUAAAGUGGAAUGUGUGUGUGGGGUGUGUGUGGAUGUGAAGUUAACAAUAUAGAGAGGAAGUGGAAUUAACCGAGAGGGGAUGUCAGUGGCAGAGCAUCCACUUGGCAUGUACAAGGUCCCAGAUUUGGUCCCCAGCAUCUCCAGUAAAAAGCAUUGAGUACCAAGCAGAGUUGUUCCUCCCAUUGGGCAAAGUGGGCAGUUGUCCA